AUGGCGCUCUAUUUGGACGGUUGUCAGUGUGCAUCAAAGCAAGUUGACGAUUCCACUAACAAAGACCCUCUUGUUCAUUCAAAAGACCCAAAGCAUCCUGCAAAUAUCAUUUGCCAGCUAUGUAGACUCUUUUACAGUAACAAUUGGAUUACUGGGACUGGCGGUGGUAUUUCAGUGAAGCAUCCUUUGACUGGACAUAUCUAUAUUGCUCCUUCUGGUGUACAGAAAGAGCAACUGCAGCCUGAGGAAAUGUUCGUUAUGGACCCUAAAACCGAGGACUAUAUCCGUACUCCUGAGGGCUACAAGCCAAGUGCAUGUACUCCACUAUUCAUGUCAUGCUACAGACAGCGUAACGCCGCCGCUGUGAUCCAUACUCAUUCUCAACAUGCCGUGAUGUGCUCUCUAUUCUUCGACAAAGUCUUUGAAAUUGCUAAUAUAGAGCAGAUCAAGGCUUUGCCUAGUGGUCAGAAAGACCCGGUAACUGGUAAGGACAUUAACUUGUCUUUCUUUGAUACUUUACACAUUCCAAUUAUUGAGAAUACUGCCCAUGAAGAAGACUUGACCGAUGGUCUGAAUGAGGCCCUUGCAGCGUACCCUAACGCAACAGCCGUUAUUGUCCGUAGACACGGAAUGUAUGUCUGGGGACCUACUCUAGAUAAGGCCAAGGUUUACAACGAGGCAAUCGACUACUUGUUAGAACUUGCCACCAAGAUGCACCAAUUGGGCAUUCCACCUGCAUGCGCUAUUGGGGAAGAGAAGAAGUACGUGAAAACAUACUGA